CCCCUGCUGUAAGCGAGACUGCAGUCAGCGCUCAAGUCACCAUGGGAGAUGUAGUUCCUGCUCCUUGCUACCCCUGAGGGGAUUUAAAUCCCCUUCUCCCCCCGCCCUUUCCUCCUUCUUCUAACGGCGCGCGCGUUACGAUUGCUCUCACCACGUCCUUAAGCCGCAGCUGGGUGUGUGAGCGCGAGGCGGGUGGCAUUUUGCCUUCGGCUGCGGACGCGGCGAGAUGGCUACGCUCGCUGCGGGAAAGCUGCGCAAACCAUGCAGGAUGAUUUACUGAUGGACAAAAGCAAAGUCCAGCCUCAGCGGCAGCAGCAAGAUCCAAACGCAGCAGAAGCUCCUUCUACACCCAUAACGUCAGAGACACCCAAACCGGAGGACAGUCCAGUGACUAGCAUCGGCUCAGCAGCUCCUGCCCAAAAUAGCAAAGAAAAGAUGCAAAUGGAGUCUCCCAUCUUGCCGGGCUUAAGUUUCCACCAGCCUCAGCAGGAGCCUACAGCAGGCACCUCCUUGUCUCCCUCCUUCGGAAGCACUUGGUCUACAGGGACCACAAACGCAGUGGAUGAUAGUUUUUUUCAAGGGAUUACCCCAGUUAAUGGGACAAUGCUUUUCCAAAAUUUCCCUCACCAUGUCAAUCCUGUUUUUGGAGGCACUUUCUCCCCCCAGAUUGGCCUAGCUCAGACUCAGCACCACCAACAGCAGCAGCAGCAGCAGCAGCAACAACAAGUACAGCAGCAGCAAAGGAGGUCGCCGGUCAGCCCUAAUCAGGCAUCUUUUGCUCAGAGAAAUGCUGCUUAUAGCCAUCAGCCCAUCAUGACCAGCAAACCUUCUUCCUCUUCCACCUCCACCUCUUCUCCUUCCAGCUGGAAUAACCAUCAAAAUGCAGCUUGGAGUACACCUUCCAAUCCUUGGGGUGGGCUGCAAGCUGGCAGAGACCCUCGAAGGGCAGUUGGUGUGGGAGUUGGUGUGGGAGUUGGAGUUGGAGUGCCAUCCCCGCUCAAUCCCAUUUCACCUCUUAAAAAGCCCUUUUCUACCAAUGUUAUUGCCCCACCGAAAUUUCCCCGGGCUGCUCCUCUAGCUCCAAAAUCCUGGAUGGAAGACAACGCCUUCAGGACAGACAAUGGCAAUAAUCUGUUGCCUUUUCAGGACCGGAAUCGGCCCUAUGAUACUUUUAACUUGCACUCUUUGGAAAACUCAUUAAUGGAUAUGAUAAGGACUGAUCAUGAACCUCUUAAAGGUAAACACUACCCUCCCAGUGGCCCACCAAUGAGUUUCGCUGAUAUAAUGUGGAGGAAUCAUUUUACAGGUCGUAUGGGUAUAAAUUUUCAUCAUCCGGGAACAGAUAACAUUAUGACACUUAAUACCAGGAGCUAUGGGCGGAGACGAGGUCGAUCUUCGCUAUUUCCUUUUGAAGAUGGCUUUCUGGAUGACAGUCAUGGUGACCAGUCUUUAUCAUCAGGUCUCAACUCCCCAACUCACUGUCAGAAUGGUGAAAGAGUCGAACGCUAUUCUAGGAAGGUGUUUGUUGGAGGUCUGCCUCCUGACAUUGAUGAAGAUGAAAUCACUGCUAGCUUUCGUAGGUUUGGACCUCUUGUGGUGGACUGGCCUCACAAAGCUGAAAGCAAGUCAUAUUUUCCACCUAAAGGUAAUUAUUUCAGUUUUCUGAAGCAGGAAAACGUUCUCCAUGUAUAAAUAAUUUUCUAAAUGCAUU